AUGGAUCUCAACUCCAAGUACGACGACUACGACUUCCCGCACACGGCGGCCGAGGCCCAGGAUGGCCACGCCGGCCACCUCAAGGAGCAGCAGAUUGCUCAGGUCCACCAGCUCAGGAUGAUGCUCGAGGCCGAGGGGUACACGGAUCGCCUGGACACGCUGACCAUGCUGCGGUUCCUGCGAGCGCGCAAGUUUGACGUUUCCCUGGCCAAGCAAAUGUUCGUCGACUGCGAGAAGUGGCGAAAGGACACCAAGCUUGACGAGACGGUGCCCAUCUGGGACUACCCCGAGAAGACCGAGGUGGCCAAGUACUACAAGCAGUUCUACCACAAGACGGACAAGGAUGGACGCCCCAUCUACAUCGAGACGCUCGGCGGUAUCGACCUGAACGCCAUGUACAAGAUCACUACGGCCGAGCGCAUGCUCACCAACCUCGCCGUCGAGUAUGAGCGCCUCGCUGACCCGCGUCUCCCCGCCUGCUCGCGCAAGGCCGGCAAGCUCCUCGAGACGUGCUGCACCGUCAUGGACCUCAAGGGCGUGACCCUUACCAAGGUGCCCCAGGUCUACUCAUAUGUCCGCCAGGCAUCGGUCAUCUCCCAGAACUACUACCCCGAGCGCCUGGGCAAGCUGUACAUGAUCAACGCCCCGUGGGGCUUCUCCACCGUCUGGAGCGUCGUCAAGGGCUGGCUCGACCCCGUCACCGUCGCCAAGAUCAACAUCCUCGGCUCCGGCUACCAGAGCGAGCUCCUGAAACAGGUCCCCGCCGAGAGCCUGCCCAAGGCGUUUGGCGGUACCUGCGAGUGCCCCGGGGGCUGCGAGAACAGCGACGCCGGCCCGUGGCACGAGGCCGAGUGGGCCAAGCCCGCCAAGUGGGAGAAGAAGAAGGGAGAGGCGGACGGCAGGACCAUUGAGAACAAGGGCUCUGAGAUUGAGACCCCUGUGGUGACCACUGGUGUUGCAUCGGCCCCUGUGCCGGAGAAGGACGUCGCCAAGGAGACUGCCGCGGCAUAG